GUGAUGGCGGACAGUAGGAAGGUGUUGGAGUUAGAGAGGAGGAUCGUUCAGUUAGACAGCAGGUGUGCAGCUCUCCGCUCCGAUAAACCCGACGAUGAUUACUUACAGAAUGCAGCGUCCAUACUGGAGAAGUUGAAAAGUUGGUACAUGCAGGCUGGAGAGAGCAGCAACCUGCCCAAACUCCUACAGGAUUACACACAGGUGAUACUGGACAUCACAUUCUACGAGGAGAACAAACUGGUGGAUCAGGAGUUCCCGGAGGAGAUUUCUCCCGUGAAGAUUCAGCAGCUGCUGCAGGACCUGACCGAGCCCGAGGUGUUAGCAGCACGUCUCGCUCCCAACCAGGAGGUACAGUCGGUGCUGGGUUUGGAGCUGCUGGAGUGUGUGUACUGGAGGCGUGGCGCUCUGCUCUACAUGUACUGUCACACUCUGCACCAGAGGAAACAGUGGAUCAAGAAGAACAAAGCCACCUUCCUCAAAUGUGUGCAGGAGGGCGUGCGCUACCUGAUGAAGAUGCUGCAGGUGAGGAGCUCGGUGAAGCUCAGCGACGGCGUGGUCUUUCACGACUCCAACACGGCCAACCUGCUGUCAGAGGGUAUUCUGUCGGACACCCACCUGCUGACGAUGAUGUACAUAGGCGAGAUGUGUUUCUGGGCGGUGAAGUACGAGGACGGCGGCGCCGACUCCCCUCAGUGUAAAGAAGAGACGCUGCAGUUCCGCGACAUCGGCACUCAGAUCCUUAACAAAUACGUCCGGGCGUGUGAGGGGCCUCUACAGGGUCAGGGCUGGAACACCGAAAAUGCCAAGGAGAUUCUGAGCAUCCUCCAAUAAACAUCCAACACACACUCUCACACACACACUGCACUCACAUGUUUCCUGUCCACAGUGUUCGCCGGGUUCAAUAACUAACUGUAACAUAAAUAAUACGUCUAGUUUUAGAUACCAGAUGAUCUCAGCUCCACACCGAACUCUUUUAAUUGUAUUUAAUCUGUAUUUAUUUAUUUGUAUGAGACUGUUCGAGCUGAAGGAACCGUACAGACGGUAGUGGGACGUUACAGGCAGACACAUGAAGGUCGCCCUCACUUUUUUCAGUAUUGUUUCUGUUUCGAUAUAUUUGUAAAUGGUUGAAGGUUUUCUCACAGACGAGAUGUUUCAUGUUAUCGUUCUCUUUGCUGAACUGUAAUGUUCAUAUUUUGAUAGUGCACUUCUGCUUUAUUGCCUGUUUUUCAUUCCAGUUGGAUUUCAUUUUUUGUGACUCUGCCAAAAUUGAAAAAAUAAAUUUUGCUUUAUGAAA